AUGGACGCCUCCUCCCUCCGCAUCUCCAAGUUCGAUGGAACUAACUUCCACGCCUGGAAGUUCAAGAUGCAGAUGGUGCUGGAGGAACGGGACCUAUGGGAGGUCGUCAGCGGUGAGAUCAAGGCGGAACAGUGCGAGACUCAGUUGGACCAAGCGACGUACAAGAGGAAGUCAAGAAAGGCGAUGGCAGUGAUCUGUCUAGCCAUGGAAGAUUCCCAGCUACCGUUGGUCCGGUCGGCAAGUGGUGCAUGCGACGCAUGGUCAAGGUUGGAAGACCACUUCGAGAAGAAGAGUCUUGCCAACAAGCUGUUCUUGCGCCGUCGCUUCUUCACGACAAUGAUGGAAGAAGGCGACGAUGUGCUCGAACACAUCAACAAGCUCAAGACGCUGGCGGAACAGCUAGAAGCGGUGGGGGCUCCAGUCUGCGAGGACGAUCUGGUGAUCACACUCCUCGGCAGCCUGAGUGACUCGUAUCAAUUCUUGAUCACAGCUUUGGAGUCGCGCUCAGACACUCUUAGCUGGGAGCUCGUGAUGUCUCGACUGCUUCAUGAAGAAAUGAAGCGGAAGGAGCAAGGAACGCAAAGGGCGACCAGUGAAGAAGUCCUGGCCGUGCCACAAUUGCGGAAAGAUUGGUCACUGGAUGGCGGAGUGCCCUCGCGCAUCCAAGAAAACACGGAGAGACACCGGCCACAGCGUGCUCAAGACAGCGGCGACCGCUAUCGAUCACAACGUGCAAACGUCGCUCAAGAAGAAGACUCGGGCGACUACCUCUUUUCGAUCGGUGAAACGACAUCUGCGAAAUCGAGCGACAUCUGGCUGGUCGACUCCGGGGCGACGCAGCACAUGACGUGCUCCAAGAAGUUCAUGCGGAACUACAAGGGGUUUGACGCUGUGGAUGUCCAUCUCGCGGAUGAUGGAAUCGUCCAAGCAAUCGGCAGUGGGGACAUUGUCAUGUCGAUGAAGACACCCCAAGGGAUGAAGAAAGGUGUGCUCACAAACGUGUGGCACAUCCCAAAGUUAUCCAGAAACCUGUUCUCGGUCGGCCGCUUCACCAAGGAUGUCGGCCCAGUGACGUUCACGAAGGAUGGGUGCUAUGGAGAAGCGAAAGGGACCAAGUGGAAAAUUGGUGCCCGUGAAGGUAAAGGACUGUUCAAGCUGCAAAUGACUCCAGUGGCGCCGGAACAAGCAAAUGCAGCCAAGUCGUCGGGAUGUCAAGGGGGCACCAAGUCGUACCUCUGGCACCUUCGGCUUGGCCACAUAGGUCACGAUGGACUCAAUUGCAUCGUGACGAAGAACAUUGGAAUUGGCAUCGACAUAUCUUCGGUGAAGAAGUGGGACGUGUGUGAAGGUUGUGCUCUGGGAAAACAGACUCGAGUGCGCUUCCAAUCAAACACUACAGCUCGCACCUCCAAACUCCUCGAAGUGAUUCACAGCGACGUAUGCGGACCGAUGUCGAUGGCAACUUUCAGUGGAAAACGGUACUUCGUGACAUUCAUUGAUGACAAGUCAAGAUACUGUGUCGUCUAUCUGCUCAAGAGCAAAUCUGAAGUUGCGGCGAAGUUCAUGGAAUACGCUGCGAUGGCCGAAACGCAAACCGGAAAGCGCGUGAAGUACCUUCAAAGCGACAAUGGGGGUGAAUACAAGUCCGACAAGCUGGCACGAUUCUGCGCGGAACGGGGAAUACAACAAAGGUUCACACCCCCAUAUACUCCUCAGCUAAACGGAGUAGCUGAGAGAAUGAAUCGCACGCUGGUCGAGUGUGCGCGUUGCAUGAUGGAACACGCUGGACUGGGAAAGAGCUACUGGGGUGAAGCAGUGAUGACGGCGAUGUUUCUUCGAAACCGCUGUCCAACACGUGCCAUUCACCAAGACAAGUCUCCAUAUCAAGUGUGGACGAUGAAGAAACCGAUUCUGGCCAACCUUAAAGUGUUUGGAUGCCACGCGUAUGUUCAAGUGCCUCAAGACAAACGCGCGAAGUUCGACUCCAAGUCAUCACUCUGUCGUUUCCUGGGAUACGCCGAACACCAGAAGUCAUAUCGAUUUGAGGAAGUGUCAACAGGAGCGAUCAAGAUCAGUCGCGAUGCCACAUUCAUGGAAGACAAGUUUGAUGAAGGUCCGCGCAACUACAACGAUGAGUCAAGUGUCGUUGAGUUUGAUGAUCAUGAUGAGGACGAAGGAAAAGAAGAAGGUAAAACUGACGACGACAUGGACUCGAGCGACGAUGACAACGAAGACACCAGGUCUUCGAAGAGCAACAUCAAGAGACACACGCGCACUCAAUCACUUGAGAAAGCUACCGUCAUUCCAAGUCCCAAGCGAAGAACAUACAGAGGUCCGUCGCUUGAGCAUGUGUCAGCGGCUGCAAUGGAUUUUGAAGCAGCCUACUGA